GCUAGAGGACACAGCUACAUUCAGUGGCGACAGUGACAGGACGUACGAUGUCCGCAUAUAGGUUUCGUGCAGAUCUGGGAUCGUUGUGCGAACGAACACGGAUACACCUGUCGAGAUGGUCUUCACAGCAACCAGUACGGAGGUCGAACCUCCCAGGACUCUCACUGUGAAGGCAGCAAAGGAACUUUUUGUUCUUCCACAAGCCGACCAUAGCAGCGGUCGUCUUCGACCUAUCACGCAUGACCCGUCUAGCAAUGUUGACUUCGGCGCUGAAGUGUACGACAUCGAUCUAAACAACUUCACGUCGGCAGACUUUGAGUUCAUCUCAGAUGCGCUACAUAAGCAUAAGCUGCUGGUCUUCAAAGGACAGCCCGCAAUGCUCACACCACAGCAGCAAUACAAGCUGACAUCGAGCUUCGACCCAGACGAGACCACUGGUGGUUUUGCUCACGGUGCCGAUCCAUACCUCACCACAUACAAUGGUGUUGACAUAUAUGGCCUAGACAAGCGUCCCGCAAUCCCUUGCCAACCUCAAGUUCAUAUUCUGGGCCGGGGCGAGGUACCAAGGAACCACUACCAGUUCCCACCAAAUUUCAAGGUCAAAGGCAUUGACCAUACAGAUUUUCAUUUACCACCACAUAUUCCACAGGAAGAGCGAGAAAGUGGUGCAAGUCGUUUCUACCAGUGGCAUUGGGACGGUUCAUUGUACAAUAUUCCACCGCCAAGAGUAGGCUGCUUGCUCGCUGUGCAAACACCGAGAGGUCCAGAUGUCACCGUCCGCUGGGAUGAUGGCACAGGCUCGGAGAUGACUAUCGCGCCCGGCGCAACCGCCAUGGUUGCCGGCUCUCGUGCGCUUGCCCUGCUCGAUGACGAAACCCGCAACGUGGUAAUGAACUCACGCAUCCAGUACGCACCACAUGCUUUUCAAUGGAUGUCGACGGCACACUCCACUCGACUUGGUCAUCUACUAGAGACCGAAGGCAAGGAGAUGCCACUGGAGAAGCUGUCACUGUGGGAAGAGUCAAAGCUCUGCAUAUACCCAAUGGUCUGGACGAAUCCCAAAACUGGCGAAAAGUCGCUGCAGGUACACGGCCAAGGCGCGCACAAGUUGUACCUGAAGGAUAGUGCAGACGGCGUGGAACGGGUGAUUGAUGAUCUGAAAGAGGUUCGCGCCUUCAUGCAUAAAAUCAUGCGACCUGUGCUCUCGCCAGAGAACAUCUACGCACACAGGCAUAUGGAGCAAGACGUCAUCUUAUGGUACAACCGAGCACUCUGGCAUUCGAUCACUGAGUUCCCAGAGAGCUACGGCCCACGGAUAAUGCAUCAAUGCAAUGUCGCAGCAUCAGAUCAUCCAUCCGGGUGAUGAUGCAAUUACGUUUCACGAGCAUGCGCACACUGCAAGCGGGCGUGAGUGAAAGCGGUUCAUACAUGAAUGCGGCGGGCGAAGUCAUUAUGUGCAUUCAGGAGGUGUGGUCGACUUGUUGUCGGUAAGAAGAUAGGCUGCCCAAACCCACCGGCGGAGCU